GGGGGAGUCAUGAAUCGAGUCCGAUACUCACCAGACCAGCAGUGCCAGGAAACUAUAAAUAAAAUGGAGCCAACCCCGGAUGAAUACAGCAUUCAACAGAAAUUCAUCUACUCUUGCAACGAAAAAGAUACUACACAAUCAUCAUUACUAUCCGUUCACAGUGUCUAGUCCAGCAAAAAAGGAACCAAAAUGAAGUCCUUCAUGCAAGUCGCGACCUUCCUCGCCUGCUGCGUUUCGCCAACCCUAGCUCUGCCCGAGGCCGUCCCUGAGACGAACAGUCUGCUUCAGUUUGGGUCGUUUACUGUUGAGGGCGAGACGUUCCAUGGAGAGGCGGGCGUCAUGAUGAGCAAGAGAGACACCCUCGACACGCUCAAAUGCACUCGGUGCGUCGGCCACCACGGUCUGUGCACCAUCGGCGAAGGGAAUUGCUACGCGCCUGAUGGGUGCUUCUUUUGUGGCAAGUGUGGGCCGAAGACGGCGAGGUGUCAGGAUCCGAAGAAGGGGAAGUGUCAGUGCUAUUUGUGAUUGAUUGAUUGAUCGAUGGAUUUUGGUUUCGGUGGAUGGUGGGUAGUGAUAGGAAUGAAUGAAUACUGUGC